UCCCCCCGCGGUGACAGUUUCUAGAAGCUCGUCCCGGCGUCCUUUGCGGCCCCAACAUGGAGGAGCUGACGGUGGAAGUGCGCGGCUCCAACGGGGCCUUCUACAAGGGGUUUAUCAAAGAUGUUCAUGAGGACUCCCUCACAGUUGUAUUUGAAAACAAUUGGCAACCAGAGCGCCAGGUGCCCUUCAAUGAGGUCAGGUUACCACCACCCCCUGAUAUCAAGAAGGAAAUCGGUGAAGGAGAUGAGGUGGAGGUUUAUUCUAGGGCAAAUGACCAAGAACCUUGUGGCUGGUGGCUGGCAAAAGUUCGAAUGAUGAAAGGAGAGUUUUAUGUUAUUGAAUACGCUGCUUGUGAUGCCACUUACAAUGAAAUUGUCACUUACGAACGACUCCGACCUGUGAAUCAGAACAAAACUGUCAAAAAGAACACCUUCUUCAAAUGCACAGUGGAUGUUCCUGAAGACCUGAGAGAUGCGUGUGCUAAUGAAAAUGCACAUAAAGAUUUCAAGAAAGCUGUGGGAGCAUGUCGAAUUUUUUAUCAUGUUGAAACUGCUCAACUAAUAAUACUGUCUGCCAGUGAAGCAACAGUGAAGAGAGUGAACAUCCUCAGUGACAUGCACCUGCGCAGCAUUCGCACCAAACUCAUGCUGAUGUCAAGAAAUGAGGAAGCUACAAAACACUUGGAGUGCACAAAGCAGCUUGCUGCAGCAUUUCAUGAGGAGUUUGUAGUCAGAGAAGAUUUAAUGGGACUUGCUAUAGGAACUCAUGGCAGUAAUAUACAACAAGCCAGAAAGGUUCCAGGAGUUACAACCAUUGAACUUGAAGAGGAUACCGGUACUUUCAGAAUCUAUGGAGAGACUGCUGAGGCAGUAAAAAAGGCCAGAAGUUACUUGGAAUUUGUGGAGGAUUUUAUUCAAGUUCCCAGAAAUCUUGUUGGAAAAGUUAUUGGAAAAAAUGGAAAAGUGAUUCAGGAGAUUGUAGACAAGUCUGGAGUCGUCAGGGUGAGAAUUGAAGGAGACAAUGAAAAUAAGCUGCCCCGUGAAGAUGGAAUGGUACCGUUUGUAUUUGUUGGUACUAAAGAAAGCAUUGGGAAUGUCCAAGUUCUGUUGGAAUAUCACAUCGCAUAUCUAAAGGAGGUAGAACAACUAAGACUGGAAAGGCUCCAAAUCGAUGAACAGCUGCGCCAGAUUGGGAUGGGCUUCAGGCCUUCCUCUACUCGAGUUCCUGAGAAGGAGAAGGGUUACACCACUGAUGAGAGCACCCUCUCCUCAGUGCAAGGCUCCAGGUCCUACAGCGGGCGGGGCAGAGGCCGCAGGGGCCCCAAUUACACAUCUGGUUACGGUACAAACUCUGAGCUCUCUAAUCCCUCUGAAACAGAAUCUGAGAGAAAAGAUGAACUUAGUGACUGGUCCUUGGCAGGAGAAGAUGACAGGGAGAGCAGGCACCAACGAGACAACAGACGACGUCCCGGGGGACGAGGACGUAGCGUGUCUGGAGGUCGUGGGCGUGGGGGACCUCGUGGUGGAAAGUCAUCCAUUAGCUCUGUGCUUAAAGACCCGGACAGCAACCCUUACAGCUUGCUGGAUAACACGGAGUCAGACCAGACCGUGGACACCGACGCCAGCGAGUCCCACCACAGCAGCAACCGCCGCAGGAGGUCACGCCGGCGAAGGACUGAUGAAGAUGCUGUUCUUAUGGAUGGAAUGACAGAGUCUGAUACAGCUUCUGUUAAUGAGAAUGGUUUAGAUGAUAGUGACAAAAAACCCCAGCGACGCAAUCGUAGCCGCAGGCGUCGCUUCAGGGGUCAGGCAGAAGAUAGACAGCCAGUAACAGUAGCUGAUUAUAUAUCACGAGCUGAAUCUCAAAGUAGACAGAGAAAUCCUCCAAAGGAGACAGUAGCCAAAACCAAGAAAGAAACGGCAAAAGAUGCGAUUGAUGAAAACAGCCCUUCUGAAAAGGCAGUGAAUGGUCCUGCCACCACCUCUGGGGAUGAGCCUUCUAAACUACAGCACAGCCCUGAUGAAAAGAAAGUCACUGUUCAGGAGGAUGCAAAUAAUCAGGAAGAAGCAGUGCUGAAUGGUGUUUCAUAAACUGAAGUUCCUAGUUUACAGUUCUUUUACAUUACAUUUAAAAUAGUGCUUGUAUAAGCUUGCCAAAGAUAGAAUAUGGAUCGCCAGUCGUGACACCGCACUUUCAGUUCCUCCAUUUUGGAAUACAGAAAGGGGAGGGAUCCUGGAGAAAUCAUAUGUUAAACAUACUUUGACACCUACUGUGUUAUAAAUAUAUCAUCAGAUGUGCCUUGAGAUAGUAUAUGUAACAUUUAAAUAAACAAAAUUGCUGGCUAUA